UCAAACUUGCGGCCACACGCAUGAGAAUACUUAUUGCAUGUGAACAACAACAGUUUUUAGUUAAAAACAAUAAAUAAGUUUUAUUGAAAUAGCGUGUGAUUCUGACCUAUAGAGCAAAUAUUCGUAGGCGAAACAUAACUUUUAGCUCCAAAAAUACGAGAAGAGCAAACAAAGACGCUGGCUACAGAGCGACAACUCAACAAAGAAAUAAAGACGCAAAUACAAUAACAUGUCUGAAACAUACGAUUACCUGUUCAAAUUUCUCAUAAUUGGUAGUGCUGGCAGUGGCAAAAGUUGUCUCUUGCAUCAUUUCAUCGAAAGCAAAUUCAAGGACGAUAGUUCACAUACUAUUGGCGUUGAGUUUGGUUCGCGGAUUGUGAAUGUUGGCGGCAAGUCAGUGAAGCUACAAAUCUGGGACACAGCUGGACAGGAGAGAUUCCGUUCGGUGACACGCUCUUAUUAUCGCGGAGCUGCUGGUGCACUGCUCGUCUAUGACACAACGUCGCGUGAUUCGUUCAAUGCCCUGACCAAUUGGCUAAAUGAUGCACGUACUCUGGCCAGUCCGAAUAUUGUCAUUCUGCUGGUGGGUAAUAAGAAGGAUUUGGAAGAAGCACGAGACGUCACAUUUCUUGAAGCCAGCAGCUUUGCCCAAGAAAAUGAGCUGAUCUUCUUGGAGACUAGUGCGAAAACGGGUGAGAAUGUUGAGGAGGCCUUUCUUAAGUGCUCAAAAACCAUACUGGCGAAGAUCGAAACCGGUGAACUGGAUCCUGAGCGCAUUGGGAGUGGCAUUCAAUACGGCGGUGCUGCGUUGCGCAAUUUGCAAACGAGGCAGCGAAGCAUUAACAAACCUGACUGCACCUGUCGUGUAUAAGGUCGGAGUAAAAGUUUUAAUAGAAAGUUAAAUCAAGGAUUGGCAUGUAGGCAAGAUAGAUCAUUAACUUUGUAUUAGUUUAGGCGACGCUUAUUAAUCUCAUUUAUUCUAUAGCUACUUGAUACGAGACCGCAUUAUCCUUAGUUUUGUUUUAUAUAUUUGUGUACUUUGUGAGUGUCGCUUCUCUUUUAACAUUUUUAAUGAAGGCUUCGUUUUAAUUAGAAUCGAAUUGGUUAAAACUUGAAAGUAUUUGGAGUCAGCAGUGCAAUUUAUAUAUCAUUCCAAAAUAUUAAUUCGAUUUUUCUCAUGAUUUUUAAUUGAUGACUUAAAUUCAUAUGCUGAAUUAAUUGUACAACUUUUUCAUUGUUACUUAUGUAUGUAAAUUGUAAGCACUUUUAUUAUAAUUAUUAUUAUUGUAACCAGUGGCGGGCCAAUUAACAACGAUUAUCGACUAGCAUCUGGAAAAAUAUCAAAGUCCGGUAGUGACGUAUAACAAACCAAAUGAGUCAUUACCGGAUGUAAAAAAAAAAAUUUAAAAAGAAGAAUAAUGCGCCCAGCAUUUUGUAAAUAAGCAAUGUCAACCUCGGCGCUGACAAUGCAAGAUGUAAAGAAAUUUAAACAAUUAUAUGCACGCGGUUAAUAAAAACGCAAUCAUUAAUAAGCGAAA